AUGGCCAUUGAGAACUGCACCGUGUUUACAGACUUCAUACUCCUAGGACUCUCUGGCAGGCGGGAUGUGCAGCAGGGGCUCUUUGUGCUCUUCCUGCUGGUUUAUGGCAUCACUGUGAUUGCCAACCUAGGGAUGAUCCUGCUGAUCAGCAUGGACCCCCGACUCCACACGCCCAUGUAUUAUUUCCUGAGCAAUUUGUCUUUCUGUGAUGUCUGCUACUCCUCCACUAUCUCCCCUAAGAUGCUGGCUGAUUUCUUAUGUGAGCAAAAGAGAAUCCCAUAUAAUUUAUGUGUGGUGCAGAUGUUCUUUUUUGGUGCCUUUGCAGCCGUGGAAUGUGUCAUGCUGUCUGUGAUGGCGUAUGACCGUUAUGUAGCCAUUUGUAAUCCACUUCUGUAUACAGUUACCAUGUCCAGGAGAGUGUGCAUCCAGCUGGUGGCCACUGCCUACACCGCAGGUUUUAUAGAUAUGGCAAUCUUCACGUCUUGCACUUUCCCGUUAUCAUUCUGCAAUUCCAAUAUCAUCAAUCACUUUUUCUGUGACAUCCCACCCUUACUUGCCCUUUCUGCCUCAGACACAACUACCAGUGAAAUAGCAUUGACCGUUUCCUGUAGCUGUGUUGUGGGGUCCAGUGUCAUCACUGUCCUCCUCUCCUACAGCUACAUCAUAACUACCAUCCUUCGCAUGACGUCGGCUGAGGGCAGACACAAAGCCUUCUCUACCUGCGCCUCCCACUUAACCGCUGUGGCUAUAUUUUAUGGGACACUCCUCUUCAUGUAUUUCCGACCCAACUCGAGUUAUUCCAUGGACACAGACAAAAUGGCCUCUGUUUUCUACACAGUUGUCAUCCCCAUGUUAAACCCACUGAUCUACAGUUUGAGGAAUAAGGAUGUGAAAGGUGCCCUGAAAAAAAUCGUUGUCACUAAAUUAAGUUCUGAGUGA